CCCGACCAGGCAACCAGUUAUUACGUCCACUGGACAAAUUCCACGUUUAAAGGUUGGAGAUAGUCCCCUUUAAUAAUAUUCCUGGAUCUCCCCUAGCAAUUGAACUCAUCUGAUUCAUUCAUCCAGGCAGCUGUCGCAAACUGAAUAUUCACCAUCUGCACCUUUGUCAUUACGGUUUCUGUCCGGGCUAACUUUGAACUGAGCAAAGAUGAUCACUAUCACACUCCCUGAGAAUUACGGCGCUGCCAUCGCCGUCGCACUGGGUGCGAUUCCUGUCCUUGGUUUUAUCCACGGUUUUGUUACCGGCCGUACUCGAAAGGCAGCCAAGGUUCCCUAUCCUCACAGCUACGCCAGUGUCGAGGAAUGCAAGGCCAACCCCAAGGCUGAGCAGUUCAACUGCGCUCAGCGUGCGCAUACCAAUUUCCUUGAGAAUGCUCCCCAGACGAUGCUUUUCACCCUGGUCGCCGGUCUGAAAUACCCGAACGCCGCUGCAGUCGCUGGCGCAGCUUGGGUUUUCUUCCGUUCGCUCUUCCUGUAUGGAUACGUAUACUCUGGAAAGCCCCAGGGAAAGGGCCGAAUGAUGGGUGGCAUGUUCUGGCUUGUCCAGGGAGCCCUUUGGGCAUUGACUCUUGGGGUCGCGAAGGACCUCGUGACCUUCUAAACUGUGUAUAGAUAUGUAUGAACUGAUAGGAUUAAAAAAAAGGCCACGUAGAUGCCUGCAGAAAUGAAGAUAUGGAAUAUUCCUGAAAACCUGACCUUUACAUUGCAGAAAAUAGUGC